AUGAAUAGCCAGUUUGAAGCAAAUGUCACCGACUGCACCACUUCCUUCUUUUGCUCCUCUCUUCACAGCAAAUUCUCUUGUGACACACUUCUGCGACAGUUCGUAUUUUGCCAGAAUGGAUUCUCACCUUAUGACAACUUAUUUGUGGCCAGAUUGCUGGACCUUAUCUCAGAUGCAUGUAAAUCGGGAAGCCGAGUUCGAUUGAUCACUCUCCAACUGGCCAUUCGCCUGCUGACGGAGUUGGUGUGUGACGCGAAGAAACGAUGCUUUCUGUCAGAUCCUCAUUUCGCGCAGAUUGUCAGUGCCAGAGAAGAAGCGAUGAUGGUAUUGCGUAGCUACUUCCAGAAUAACGCGAUAUUUUUGGACCUGUUUGAAAACGAGCUUUAUCAAAUUCAAAAGCCGCCCGUUUCCCCAAUGAAAUUAGCGUUGGAUCCCACAUUGCUGGUUCCACAACAGCCAGCAUCGCUUGCCCCCAACUCGACGCCUGCGACAGGCGUUGCUCAUCGCGAAUACUGGUGUCAGUUACCGCAUUCCGACGUAGAGCAUACGCAACGUGCUAUUGCCAUCUAUCUCCUUUUGCACGUUUGGCUCGAGUCGCUGCUACGUGCACGUCCAAAUGGGCAUGAGGACGAACCGGUGCUAGAUGAAGCCCUAUCUGGUUCCUCGGAAUCGCCUAGUUUGCCGGUACCAAUGUUUCCAACCAACUUGUUUGUUGAUCUGGCUGCGAUUCCAGGUAUUGCAGGAUUAGCAAACAUCCCUGAUCCGAAAUCGCCUGCACAAUCCCACCGGGCCGGCGACAAACUUGAUUUAUCUUCCGAAGCUUUGAUCGGAUGUACCGUGGAAAGUGAGGGCAGCUACGAAAAGCGCUUCCUCGUCAACUAUAGCCAACAACUGGUGUUGGUCGAACCGGACUCACGACAGAUAGGUUGGGGAGUGAUCACUUUCAUCGGUCCGCUUCAGGAUAUGGACGCCACCUGCGAUCCAGCUGACAGCCGUUGUCUUCAUGUAACAAUCAAUGCACCCGUUUAUCCCACCAAAUCGUCUGGUCCCAGUCUCAGCUCAUCUAAAGCAACUCAAGGUAUCAAGGGCUCGGGUGCCAAGCCACUGUUGGCGGCUCGAUUUUUGUUCGAAGACCACAUCCGAUGCAUGACCGCGAGACAAAUGCUACUCAGGGGCCGUGAAUGUGCGAGACAAGCCAAAUUGCGCAAAAUAGCUGUUCUUAUAGACUUUUCAGCGCAGUUCCUACACGAGAACUUCACUUUCCCCGGUUCUACCGCUGCCGAAUCCAGCGCAUCAUGCGUGUUGGAUAGCAAUGAACCAAACAAAUCCUACCCCAAUCAGUCAAUGUCCCGCAUUUUGGCCACAUCUGGCUCCGGCAGAACGGCUAGCACCCGCAAUCCCGGCGCCUUUCUAAUGGAACGCCAAUCUCAUCGGGCCAAACUUUACCAGCGUUUACAGGCAGGUGAAGAUGUCGAUACCCGGCCGCCCUUAAAUGCCUCUCGCGUGGCGAGUCACUCCUAUUCCAAUCAAGAACUCCGUAUUCAAGUACCGACAUCUAACUAUCAGCAGCCGCAGAACCGUUUGAUUGACUUUGUACCCCGUACUCCGAUCAGUUUGGUUCAACAGCGAGUUCCCCCUCAGCAGCUGAAAUUGCCUUCAUUGCAGUAUCUGAGUGGAGAUUCCUCUGAACGCAGCCUUUCGGAUGCAGUUCCAUCGCUCGCCCCGCCCGCCACCGCUAGUGAGAUCACCAAAAAUAACAACGAUCAAAAGAGUAACUGAUAGCAACCCGUCUACAUUGAGUGUACAUAGACCCCAUUUCACUCGCUAUGACGUCCCCUGUGGGCCACCUUUGAGUCUUUCAGCUUUGUGACGCUUGAGUUUUCGUCUGCACAUGUCGCCUGCUGUUUAUUAAAUCCCAUCGGAACAUCCAUAACGAUGUUCCCGGGAUCUCAUUAUCAAACGUAUUUAUUUUUGAAGCUUUUUACUCCCUAUGGCGCCUUCCAUCUCCAUUGUGAAUAACUGGCGAAUCGCUGCGAUUUUCUUCGAUGACCUAAGUCUUUCGCAUGCUUGCCUCCUACUCUGCCCGUUUGCUUUUGGUACAUGCAGUAUCAUAUGUUUUGACCAACUGAGGUAGCUCUCUAAUGCCUUGAUCAAUUUUUACUGAGCCGUGGAUAGCAGUAAAUACGUCUCCACAUGGUUUGUACACUAUUGUUUUACGGGUCGUGAAGUUGUUUUCAGUAGGUGUUAUAGUCAAGUCAAGCUAAGUUUUAUGUACCCAGAGGGGCGCAUUAUCAACUGCGGAUUAAGUAAAAUGACAUUUCC